GCCCGCCCCUUGGGCUCUUCAGUGCAGGGGUGUGCCUGAGUCUCUGCCCUGGGAUGAGAACAGAGUUGAGCAGACUGCCGCCAGGUGGAGAGAGCCAGCCAGCUGCAAAGGAGCGCUGCAAACUACCAGCAGGCGCUGCUCAAACAGACCUGUGAGGACAGAUUGCAGAGCGUCUACUCGAGACAGCAGGGUGACAAGUCUGCCUCCAGUUCUCUCACUGUUGGAUCUUGAGAAACAGGAAAAUGACUUCCCAUGACCCAAAGGCCGUCACUCGCAGAGCCAAGGCGCCUUCCGCCAAGAGGAUGAGCAAGUUCUUGAAGCACUUCACGGUGGUUGGGGACGACUACCACACGUGGAAUAUCAACUACAAGAAGUGGGAGAAUGAGGAGGAGGAGGAGGAGCCAGCACCCACAUCAGCGGAGGGCGAGGGCAGUGCUGCGGGACCAGAUGCCGAGGCUGGCUCUGCCUCCGCGCCCAGGCCGUCCCUGGACUUCAGGAGCCGGCUGAGGAAACUCUUCAGUUCCCACAGGUUUCAGGUCGUCAUCAUCUGCCUGGUGAUCCUGGAUGCCCUCCUCGUGCUUGCUGAACUCCUUCUAGAUUUGAAGAUCAUCGAGGCAGACGAGGAAGACUACGCGGUCACGGCGUUCCACUACAUGAGCUUUGCCAUCCUGGUCUUCUUCAUGUUGGAGAUUUUCUUUAAAAUCUUUGUCUUCCGCUUGGAGUUCUUCCACCACAAGUUUGAGAUCCUGGACACCAUUGUGGUGGUGGUGUCUUUCGUUCUGGACCUCGUCCUCCUGUUUAAAAACCAUCACUUCGAAGCUCUCGGUCUGCUGAUCCUGCUGCGGCUCUGGAGGGUGGCCCGGAUCAUCAAUGGCAUCAUCAUCUCCGUGAAGACGCGCUCAGAACGGCAGAUCUUAAGGCUAAAGCAGAUAAACAUCCAACUGGCCACCAAGAUCCAGCAUCUGGAAUUCAGCUGCUCCGAGAAGGAACAGGAAAUCGAGCGGCUCAACAAGCUGUUGAGACAGAAUGGACUUCUCGGGGACGUGAACUAGCCUUCCAGACGCUCCACCUGGAGUAGCUGGGCUGUGGCCAGGGAGCCAGCGUGUGGUGCAAAAUCCAGUCUCCAUCUCUGCCUUGGCUUGCACCCCUGGAUGCUGGGGACACAUCUUCACUGGUACUGUGGUCUCCUCAGCGUCCAUGCCCUACGCCUGCAGCAAGGGGAUCGUCGCGCCAACCUUUUCUCAAGCUGGACUCCACUGUCGCUUGAAAAUGAUCAAGGAAGCUGGGCUUGUAAAACCAACUUAAUGCACAUCCUGAAAGGAGCUGGAGCCCGCACCCCGACCAGCCCACUCUGGAAAAACCUUUCUUUACUAGAAGGUCCCCAGCUUUUCCUGCUGCAUCCCCUAGGGGAGCUAUCAUGGUAUCCAGUCCCUCCUCUGCAGCAUCCAGCUGUACCAUCAGCUUCAAUGGCCCUGCACCCACCACAUUCUCUCAGUUACUGUACAAUUAAUGUAUAACAUAAGCGCUCUCCUUCCCCAGGGCUUGCCCACCAGCAUCUCUCAGUUACUGUACAAUUAAUGUAUAACAUAAGCGCUCUCCUUCCCCAGGGCUUGCCUACCACAUUCUCUCCUCAGUGGCAGCCCACACCAGCCCAUCAGUUAUACAACCAGCACACAGCAGGGCCCCAAGACUGCCCUGUAAUUGCACGAUCUCGGGGACCAACCCCCUUGUGCGCACACAGUUUUAUACAGCCCCUUGCUGGUUUGUACCUCUCCAGUGCUGACGGGCAUUCUGAAGGCAACUCCCACUAGACCAGGGAUGAUGCACAGAGGAGGUGGCUCUCCGUGCACUGCCACGUCACACUCUGUUCCCUCCCAUCUCCCGGAGGGGUGUGGCCUUUGACCUGUAUGUGCAGGGUGUUGGACCCAUCUGACCCAACACAGUAGCCCAGCAAAGUUUCUAAGAGGGAAAAGGCAGUGGAGUGGGGCAGAGGGCUGCUUGAAGGGUAACAGCCGCAAGGGGAGGUGGCAGCUAGGUUCCUGUCCUCCUGCGCCUGGGGCCCAGGUGCCCACUGCUGCGGAAGGAAAGACCUUCAGGAUGGGUAGUCCUGCGGGGGCCAGCUCA